GAAUGGCCUUAGAAAAUGGAGAGAAAGUUGAGGUUGGUUUGAGUGUAGUUGCAGAGGCAAAGGCAAAGAAGAAGGAUUGGGUUGUUUUGUCCCUCAGAGUGGUUGCGUUUUUUGCCACUGCAUCUGCAACACUUGUCAUGGCUCUCAACAAACAGACCAAAAGCUUCGUAGUUGCCAACGUUGGUAACUCUCCGAUAACAGCAACUCUUGCUGCAAAGUUUAACCAAACUCCGGCUUUUGUGUUCUUUGUUGUAGCAAAUGCAAAUGCUAGUCUGCAUAAUUUGGUGAUGAUAGCAAUGGAUGUAUUAGGACCCCAAUAUGACUACAAAGGACUCAGGCUUCUGUUCAUUGCCAUAUUAGACAUGAUGGCUAUGGCUCUGGCAUCAGCUGGUGAUGGUGCAGCAACAUUCAUGUCAGAAUUGGGAAAAAAUGGUAAUUCACAUGCAAGAUGGGAUAAGAUAUGUGACAAAUUUCAAACCUAUUGCAACAGAAGUGGUGCUGCCCUUGUUGUCUCUUUCAUUGGCUUCAUUCUUCUCCUCAUUAUUUCAGUCAUGUCCAUCAUCAAAUUGCUCAAGCCAAAUCGCAUUAACCAUGCUUCUCCAUAGGAUCACACACAUCAUCGUAAUACAAAUGUUUUUCUUUCGUUUUAACUGCUGUUUUUGUCGCAUAGAAAAACAUAAAUAAACAUGUUGGUUGGUUGUGUACAACUUCCUUUUUUGUAUCAUAUGUUGUGGAUCCCCUGUUUUAAACCUUUUAAAAAGGGUUACAACUUUCUGUACAAUUGGUACGUGCCAUGAAAUUCCUCCUC